UUGCGAUUUUGCAUUUCCUUUUUGUAAAUGUCUAAAGUAUUUUUCCAAAAGUUUACUUGUUCGUUUUAUUUUAAUCAAAUUUGAAUAUAUAAAAUAUGUCUGACAGCAAAUCAUCCCUCAGGAUAGAUUGGUUUGAUGGUACACUUAUUGAAGACACGAGACAGAAUGCAACAAGCUCAUCGCAGUUUGAUGACGAAGAUAAACCAGAAACGCAAACAAAAUUAACACCAAAAGAUGUCGAGAAGAAACCUAUUGGAUUCAAAAGAUUAUUUGACUUAUCCCAUUUAAAACCUUCGAUACUUACCCUCGAAAUAUCUCAUAGACCGGGUUUCUGGCAUCUCCUAGACAUUGACCUGAAAGGAGAUUUUAUAGUUUUAAUCAUUAAAAUAUUAAGUACCAUUUAUAGUUCUUUAGAAGGUGAAGAGAAAUCAAAAAUAGUAGCAUUGUUAAGGACAAGAUUUUUGAAAUCAGUUUUUAUAAUGAAUCUAAAAACUUACUUGGGACAGUUGCCCAAUGUAAGAAUUGUUGAAAAGAAGAUGAACAUGCAGUUAUGGGAUGACGUAGAGACAUUUUAUUUAAACAUGUUUGUGUUGUGUGAAGGCAUGAGUAAGUUUCACAGCAAAGAGAAUGAUGUGUUGUUUGAAGUAUUGGAGUUGUUAGAGAUUACAGAGACAAGUGCUGUGGGAGUGAGAGAGGAACAUAUGGAGACAAUCAGAGACAGCUUCUUCACACAAAUUGAUCAAUUGAAAAAGGAUAUUAUAAUGAAAAUAAAUCAGGAAACAAACAACUGUCACACAAUAUCCAAACAAGUAAAUGAAGAUCCUAGUCAUUAUAAAAAUUUGCAAAUAUUUCCCACAAAAGAGGAUCUUCUCGGUGACAGUAAAAUAAAAAUAAAACCAAACAUAAUCAACGGUGCAUACUCCUCUAUUGAACAUUAUUUAGAUGUGCAGUUUAAGUUGUUGAGAGAAGAUUGCUUCGCACCAUUACGAGAAGGAAUAUGCAAAUACAUGGAAAAUCCAUCUAAACGGAGACAUGAAAAUAUAAGAGUUUAUCCAAAAGUGCGUAUUAUUAGAACAUAUGUGAGCAAUAAUAAAGUUGGUCAUCUGGUUGAUAUAGCGUGGCAGGAUCGCUUGGAUAAUGGCAGUACUGAUAAAAAGCAGUAUGCUCACAGUAAAAAGUUAAUGUUUGGCUCUCUGCUGCUCUUUACAAGUGAUCGAUUUGAAACUGUACUAUGUGCCUCCGUACUGGAUUCAAAUCAACGUCUUUUGGCAGAUGGUUAUAUUGUUGUAACAUUUGAAAAUCCCGUAUCAAACAAAAUAUAUGAUGAGUCAUACUUGAUGGUGGAAAGUGAGGUUUAUUUUGAGCCGUACCAUAGAGUGUUGAAAGUUCUACAAAAUAUGAGAACAGAUGAUAUGCCAAUGAAGGAAUAUAUUGUAUAUGUUCAGGCGGAACCAAAGCCACCAAAAUAUUUAACAAGUGAUACAAUAUAUAGUAUAUUAGAUGUUAAUAAUAAAGAAAUAAGUUUCCCUGUACUUGAAACAGAAAAAUGGCCUUCAAGUGAAUGCUUAGGUUUAGAUGAAUAUCAAAUGAGUGCAUAUCAAUUUGCACUUACAAGACAAUUUGCAGUCAUACAAGGACCCCCCGGAACUGGUAAGACAUUCAUAGGGAUCAAAAUAGCAUCAACAUUACUUAAGAAUCUGUCUCUAGAAGGUACUCCAAUGCUCAUCAUUUGCUACACGAAUCACGCCCUUGAUCAAUUUCUUGAAGGAAUACUUCAUAUAACUAAAAAUAUAAUCAGAUUUGGAAGUCAAAGUAAGAGUGAAAUAUUACAGAGUUACACUUUACAUAAUAUGAAAAGUAGAGUUAAAUCUAAAUACUCUUAUUUAUACGCAAAUAAAAAGGCAGAGUUGGAAAGAGUUUAUAAAGAAAUGAUGGAAGUUCAAACUGAGAUAGAAAAAUGUGAGAAAGAAAUAGUUUCAUAUAAAAUUCUUAAACCUUAUUUAAAAAUUGGUGAUAAAAGUUACGAAUUAAAAACAACUAAUGAAGAUUCAAUAUUAUCUUGGUUGUUCAAUCAUUUGGAAGAAGAAAAUGACGACAUAAGUGAAAAUAAUGAUUUAGAUGAUUGGGAGAAACAAUGUGAAGAUUUAAAUAUCAAUGAUAAAGUGGAAACAUGUUUCUCUGAACACUGGGUUCUUAAUGAAAUACAAACAAUGAACAAAAGCAUAGAAUAUGUAAAAGAUUUGACGGACGAUGCGAUAGAGUCUGACAAAAUGGUCGCCAAAUUUGAGAAACAAAUAACAAAAUUACGAAAUAGAUUGAGCUAUUUUAAGAAAAAUAUGUCGUCUUUAAGAAAAAUGGAGCAGAUGAAAGAUGUUCCUCAAAUAGGAAAUUUAUAUGAGUUAAUUCCGGAUAAAAGAUGGAUGUUUUACUUCAAAGCUGUGGCCGCUUUGAAAGAUAAACUCAACACUAAAAUGAAUGAAUUAUUGGAGCGAGAGCGGAGGUGUUGCGCGGAGGUGCGGGAGGUGGGCGCGCAGGUGGAGGCGGAGGUGUGCGGAGGCGCGCGAGUGCUGGCGCUGACGACGAGCGCGGCCGCACGCAGACACCGCCUGCUGCAGACACUGCGCUGCAACAUCGUGUUGGUGGAGGAGGCGGCGGAGGUGUUGGAGGGUCACGUGGUGGCCGCGCUCACGGACCACUGCCAGCAUCUCAUACUCAUCGGAGAUCACAAGCAGCUGCGGCCGACAUCUGCACACUACGAGGUGGGGCGGCGGUACAAGCUGGAGGUGUCGCUGUUUGAGCGCAUGUUGGUGGGGGGGGUGCACUCGCGCAGUUUGCGCACUCAGCGGCGCAUGCGCAGUCGCGUGGCGGCGCUGCUCGUGCCGCAUCUCUACCCCGCUCUGGACACACACCCCGCUGUACAUCUCUACCCACAUGUUAGCGGGAUGAAGGAUGAUCUGUACUUUUACACUCAUAAUGUGUUUGAAGAUACAGAGGGUUUAGAAGAUAGCUGGAGUCACAGGAACAGUUGUGAGGCUGUGUGGUGUGUGUCGCUGGCGAACUACCUCCGUCACAUGAGAUACACCGCCGAUGACGUCACUGUACUCACCACGUACUCCGCGCAGGCCAACCUCAUUACUGAGCUGAGCAAGAAGUACGCCGCAUUGAGGGAGGUGAAGGUCAGGGUGGUGGACAAGUACCAGGGCGAGGAGAGCAGGAUAGUGAUACUGUCGCUGGUGAGGAGUAACAAGGACGGCAACAUCGGCUUCCUCGCACAACACAACAGGAUCUGUGUCGCCAUGUCGCGGGCCAGAGAAGGUUUUUACAUUUUCGGCAACAUGGAUGUUCUGAAAUCCGCGAGCACAAUUUGGGCCUCGAUUGCUGAUAAAUUAAAAGAACAAAAUGCUUUGGGAAGAAGAAUCGUCCUGCGUUGUGAAACACAUCAACACGUCACAUACCAAGUGGAACGCUCAGAAGACUUUGAUAGCUGUUUGUCUCCAAACGGAACAUGUCUCAGAAACUGUCCUUAGUGUUACAUUUAAC